AUGGGGCAGGACCGGGGGGUGCGAAGGCACCCAGGGAGCUGGGAGCUGGAAGCCUGGUACCAGGACCUGCAGGAAGUGCUGGCAGCAGCAGAGCCCAGUGGGCCCUCCCUGCCCUGGGGGGCUGAGCAGGCAGAGCUGGCUCCGCCGUGGGGCUCGGAGGGGACUGGCAGCGGCCCAGAGGGCUGCGAGCUGGAUGCUGCCCUGGCUGCUGAGCUGCUGGAGCUGCUGGGGCCAGAGAGCACGGCCAGCACAGAGCCAGCGGGACCACCAGGCGCGGCCUCCAGCAGCAGCCCCCCACCCCAGCUGGGCACAGAGGAGGAUGAGGCAGGGGCAGCUGGAGGGCGCGGGGUGAAGAGGAAGAGGUGCGGUGGCAUGACAGCAGGCAGGGAGCUGGGCAAGCGUCGGGAGCAGGCCAACGAGCAGCGGGUGCUGGAGCUGACAGCCCACAACGAGCAGCUCCGGGAAGAAAUCCGGCGGCUCAGCGCAGAGGUGGAGCACACACGGGCAGCCCUCAUCGACCGCAUUGUGAACCUCCGCCAGGCUUAG